CCAGGCCCAGGAGUUACCAUGUGGCGAUGUCCACUGAGGCUGCUGCUGUUGCUGCUGCUGUCUGCUGACCUGGUGGUCCAGGGCACCCGGCGCGGUCGGCGCGGUCGGAGCCGCCGAGAUCUAGCACCGGGUCUGCACCUGCGGGGCAUUCGGGAUGCCGGCGGUCGGUACUGCGAAAAACAGGACCUGUGUUGCCGAGGUCGCGCCGACGACUGCGCCCUACCCUACCUGGGAGCUACCUGUUACUGUGAUCUCUUCUGCAACCGUACUGUCUCUGACUGCUGCCCUGACUUCUGGGACUUCUGCCUCGGGGUGCCACCUCCUUUCCCCCCGAUCCAAGGAUGUAUGCAUGAGGGUCGCGUCUAUCCAGUUUGGGGAACAUACUGGAACAACUGUAACCGUUGCACCUGCCAGGAGAAAGGACAGUGGGAGUGUGACCAGGAGCCAUGCCUGGUGGACCAAGACAUGAUCAAUGCCAUCAACCAUGGUCACUAUGGGUGGAGGGCUGGGAACCACAGUGCCUUUUGGGGUAUGACCCUGGAUGAAGGCAUUCACUAUCGCCUGGGCACCAUCCGCCCAUCCUCCUCGGUCAUGAACAUGAAUGAGAUUCACACAGUGCUGGGCCCAGGGGAGGUGCUGCCCGUAGCCUUUGAGGCUUCUGAAAAGUGGCCCAGCUUGAUCCAUGAGCCACUUGACCAGGGGGAUUGUGCAGGUUCCUGGGCCUUCUCCACUGCAGCUGUGGCAUCUGAUCGAGUCUCAAUUCAUUCUCUGGGACACAUGACGCCUGUCUUGUCACCCCAGAACCUGCUGUCCUGUGACACUCACAACCAACAGGGCUGCCGUGGUGGGCAUCUAGAUGGUGCUUGGUGGUUCCUCCGGCGUCGAGGGGUUGUAUCUGACCUCUGCUACCCAGUCUCAGGCCAUGAGCGGGACAAGGUGGGCCUGGAGCCCCGCUGCAUGAUGCAUAGCCGGGCCAUGGGUCGGGGCAAGCGCCAGGCCACUUCCCGCUGCCCCAACAGCCAUGUCCAUGGCAAUGACAUCUACCAGGUCACGCCUGUCUACCGCCUGGGCUCCAAUGAGAAGGAGAUCAUGAAGGAGCUGAUGGAGAAUGGCCCUGUUCAAGCACUCAUGGAGGUGCAUGAGGACUUCUUCCUGUACCAGGGCGGUGUGUACAGCCACACACCAGUGAGCCACGGGCGGCCAGAGCAAUACCGCAGGCACGGAACCCACUCGGUCAAGAUCACAGGGUGGGGAGAGGAGACUCUGCCAGAUGGAAGGACGCUUAAGUACUGGACGGCGGCAAACUCGUGGGGCCCAGCCUGGGGCGAAAGGGGUCACUUUCGCAUCGUGCGCGGCGCCAACGAGUGUGAUAUCGAGAGCUUUGUGCUGGGCGUCUGGGGCCGCGUGGGCAUGGAAGACAUGGGCCAUCACUAA